GGCCUGGAAAAUGGUGAAAGGCGACAACAAACCCGAAGCAACCUCCCGUUUGUAAGUGAGUAGAAAAUUUUCUUUAGGAAGGCAAAAUGAAGUAGAGUUUAGAAUUUCAUGAUCUCCCCCACCCCAACAUACCUUGAUAAAGGCGAACUCUCAGUCUGCUGUACCCUUUCUCUUUCAAUACACCCGUAGAAGCUACUUGCACAGUAUUGAUGGGCCUUAUGUUAGUAUGGGCAACAAGUUGUAGCACAUCUGACCCUCAGUAGUCACCAACAUCACGCCACCUUGUGACCGGACGAUCCCAGAUAAUUGAUUUGUGCUGUAAAGCUGCAGCAAUUGUAGCAUUUUUUAGGCAGGAAUAGCGUACUAGGUUGAGUCAACCGCUAGAGUCGUGAAAAUUGUGUCGUCAUCAUCUCGACAGUAGCAGUAAGUACAGUGUUUAAUACGCACGUGCAGCUCUAUUGCCUUUGUCAUCUUCAAGAACAUUUGCAGCUCGGGCAGCAGCAGGCGGAGAACAACAACCUCUAGAGGCGGAAUUCUACAACACGACGAGGACGCCCUUGAUGAAUAUCACCAGCGCACUGUGUUGCGGCUCCCCUGAGUGAGCAGUCAGAUCAGUCGUCUUCGAAGACUCGGCUUUACUUGUUUCCGCUUUUCCUCUGGACGACGAAGGAGAAAAGGGACCGAGAAAGACAAGAACGCAACUGAAAAUCCAAGAUCGCUUGCUCUUCGAGAACAUCCUUCUCUGCUCUCGCCUAGUUGUACCUCGGCCUGCAGAGGAACUUCAAGGACGGAGACAACCUUUACUUUACCCCUGCAAGAGCGCUCCACGACCAACAUGUCGUCGGGUAAUAAUAACCCCUCUAGCAAUCCCACCCCCGCCGGCGGGGGCGCAGCAGGCUUCCCCAGUUCGACCUCCUCACCGGCCCCUCCUUUCGGCGCCCCCGCGAGGGGCCCAUUACCACCUCCUCCCGGGGCCUCGCAAGGCGGUUUCUUUCCCGCGACUGGGAACAGCCCCGCAACAAGCUCCAGCAUAUCAAAUGCAAAUAUGUCUGGGGCUGGAAACUUGUGAUGCAAGUCCGUGCACCAUAAGUGCUCUGUAGUACUGCGGCGCCAAGCAUGACAAGCUUUUUCGUGCUUCUGUGCUGCGUCUUUCGCAUGAGAAACUGCGCUUUUGCAUGACAGGCAAGAGGACCUCUUGGUGGCCACGCACUACAGAGUGCAGAGUCAUGCCAGACUAGCAUGACAAACUUGCAAUCAAUCUUCCAGACCCAGACAUAUUUGCAUUUGAUACGGCAACAGAAACAACAACCUCUUCACAACUCAGGGUGUUGCUGGGGCGCAAACAAGGGAAGCCGGAGCGGGAGAGCAACAACACUCCGAUAAUUCUCAAUCGUCAGAAGCACCUAACGCGAAUAACAAUCCCAACAACUCUCCCCUGGGGCGGUGGCUGAACGCGUUUCCGAAUGCGGGGGGCGGCACCGCGGCCGCGGCCAAUAACGAGAUGGCCGAGCGGGCGCUGCGGCAGAAUCACUACUCAAUACGAUUGAGGAUAUGCUGCGAGGUCUUGCUCUUUCUGGGCUGCAUACAUCUCGGAAUAUUCUUAUCAAAGUGUGAAAGAGUUUUUUUGCUGUACUCUUGCUUUGCAACACAGAUUUUUGCUUACGCGAAUUCGACGUUUCUGUCAUGCUGGGUGUGCUGUACUAAUAGUUAGUCUAUUAGUAUAAAAGUUGGGGAUAGGGAAUUUGUGUUGCAAAGUCGGCAUGUUUAGAAAAGUUGAUACUCUCCGGAUUGGUGGAACGGCGUGACGAACAUCGGGAUUGCGAUAUUGCUGUAUAAUAUUAUGGUUCAUUCUUUGUCAUGCGUGACGACACGCUUGCAAAUUACUUGCGGACAACACGCAUGAAGUUUGGCCCUUCCCAGAACGAAGAUUCCGUUCGAUAAAUGAAUGUCAUAAAGUAUCGAAACUAUCUAUCAAAUGCAAAUAUGUCUGGGUCUGGAAACUUGUGAUGCUGAGUUGUGAACAGUGAAUCCUCUGUAAUGCACAGCCAAGCAUGAGAAAUAUUUGCGCGGCUUAGACUUAGUGUUGCGCUUUCCGGAUGACGAAUUGCGUUUUGCAUGACACGCAGGAGGGUCUCUUCCUAGACACGCACUACAAACUCUUCAGUCAUGCCAGACAACCAUGACAAACUUCCAGACCCAGGCAUAUUUGCAAUGCAUACUAUCUGCAGGUCUACCUCCUUAUUUCGGCGCGCCUCGAUCUCUAUGCAUUGCAAAAGUAUCGUACUCGUAUAAGUGCAUUACAAAUUUCCUCAGCGUGAGAAAUAAGAUUUGUCAUGCGGAUUUGCCUGAAGAAAAAGAUUUGUAAUGCAUAAUUGCAAUACGAGUGCGAUACUUUUGCAGUUCAUGAUCUCCACGCUGGUUUCCGUCGUGCUUCUCUCUUUUCUCAACGCCCUCGUGCAAAUGAUCGCGCUUUUGUCUCUGCUGAAACUGGAGCUGUUCGACAAGGAAGAAGCGCCGGACCAACAAGUGUUGUUCAUAGCGUACAUUCUGCUCAUUUUCUGCGACACCGUCACCAUGCUCGUCACCGGAAACGCCAGCGCCAUGCUGCUACGAGACGUGCUGCAGAUAAUACGUACUAUCUAAGUUAUAGUUAUUCUACAUUUUUGAUUCAAUGCAUGUAAGUAACCAAAAUGAUCAUGUUUUGCAACUGCUAAAACUGAUGCUAUGAAAAUUGAAAAAAAACAGUGCGACAAGAGCAGAGCAACGAUCUGGAGAAUCCGCUGUUGCAGGGUGCUAUCAAAUGUAAAAAUGUCUGGGUCUGGGGAAUUCUGACACUUGUCAUGCACGUUUUGCAUGAGUCAUGAUGUCUAUGAUGCAUCCCCUAGCAAUACAGAUUUUUUGAGGGCUUCUUGAUGCGUAUUCCGCAUGGCAAAUGCCUUCUCAGCGUAGCAAAAAUUGCCUUUCCUUUGGUACUCAUGCAAUACAAAUUUUUUUGGAAUCCAAAUGCAGCAUCACAAGUUCGGAUUCUUCCAGACCCAGACAUUUUUACAUUUGAUAGAUGCCUCCCCCCUAGGCGGCGGUGGCGGCGGCGGGACCGGCGGCGGGCCACCCAGAGGUAUCGCAAGAAAAAAGUGUUACAGUUACACAUUGUGUUGCAGGCCAAGCAAGACAGACAAGCUCUGUCAUGCCGGAUAUGCAUCGGAGCCUCCUUUCAUAGGUGUUUUCCCGUAGGAUUUCUGCAUUGCAAGUUUUCUCUCUCAUGCAGAGAAAUUUGUGUUGCUGAAUUGACAACAAAUGUGUAACUGUAACACUUUUUUCGUUCGAUAAGAGGUCCCCAAAGUCCAGUGGAUCCAGCGAUGCAGCGCCCGGGCGACGCCCUGCAACCUUUCUCCUAUCAAAUGUAAAAAUGUCUGGGUCUGGAAAGUUGGAACUUGUGAUGCUAACUUUGGACUCUAAAAAAAUCUGUAUUGCAUGACCAGCAAGAGGAGCCACAUUUGUGCUACGCGAGGAGGGCAUUUGUCAUGCGGAAAUGGCAUCAGGAAGCUUUCCAAAAAUCUGUGAUGCUGGGUCAUGCAUUACAAGCAUCAUGGGUCAUGCCAGACAAGCAUGACAAACCUUCCAUUCUUCCAGAGGCAGACAUUUUUACACUUGAUAUCUCCGGGCGGGCUUUCAAACUGGACGAACCGAACGGGGCGGGCAGGAGGUUGUGAGCAACGCGUAGGCGAUAUUACAAUGAAAAAUGCCCCCACACUCGAACAUGAGAGCAUUUGUAUUGCAAACCUUUCCAAAUGAAACAUUCGCCGUCUUGCAUCUAUCAGCAUCACAGAUUUCCAGUCGUGAAUAGCAAAAAUUUGUAUUGCAAAAGACCCCAGCAAGAGCGGCGCUUGUCAUGCAAGCGAUGCGAUACACGCCUAGACUCUGCAUCAGAAAGAUUCAGACUCCUUUGAUGCAUGACGAAAAGUUUUCAUUUGGAAACUUCGCAUCACAAAUUGUUGUGCGGUAAGGUGCCCUUACAGGUUGUGUAGUGGUUUCGGUCGGUUCAGCAUCACAAAUUGUUGCAACUUUGGGGGUGGGGGCAUUUUUCACUGUAAUAGGCGAGGUGAGUCGUGGCAGGUCAGUUGCAGGUUUUCACAACAGAUUACUUUCCUCCGCUUCUUCAUCGUCAAGUACUCACUACUAGUGCCAUACUUGCUUCAAGAACAACAUGUCGAUGUUGUUGAACAAGGUCUUCUACUCCAACCAAGCUCCCCUCGACCCUGGGUUCUUGUGUGCGCGACAACAGAUACUUACUAAACCAGGCUCUGUGCGAGUGCGUAGUUUAUACUAGUAAGCCACUAACAAGACGACGACCAACAUCAUCGCUCUGCUGAGAUGAAGUAGAUCAUGGAUUCACAUAGAAGCAGUUUUUUGUCCGACUGAUCUGAAGAAAAACAGAUUUCUGUUUUGCUUGUCCGGUUGGAACGAAAAACUUGAGACAUGAGGAUCUAAACACCAACAUAAAAACCAUUUCUGCCAGCAAAAACCCGCAUAGUUGUUAUUUCGCCUAAGAGAAAAUACAGAAACGCUAUUCGAUUUUCAUCUCGAACGCGCCACACACCUCAUUUUCCAUCCACAUAUCAGAGCCGAGGAAGAAUACUUAGGGAUCGGCUACCUUUUGCGAUAAUUUCUUUCGAGUCUACAUCUAAAGAAAGGAGCUGCGUUACAGAUAUUGGAAAAUGAGAAGUUCUGUUUUAUUGAACACAAGACUGGACGAGUCCGAUAUUAAAAAUCAGGAGGACUAUCGCAUUCCAUUGCAAAAAUUUUUCAAGAAACCUGUCAACACUGAGACUGCUCUCUGCCCUGCCACUCACUCCAUUCUUGUGAGCAGUAUUGCUUCAAAGAUGCGCUUGGGCUUCUUUGCACGUUCUUGUUCACCAGAUCCAGAUCUGUCGGGACAACGACAGAUCCAUAGUUAGGGGGUGGGACAGGAAGUAGACAUUCACAGAAUCUGGAGUAAAAUGCCCAUGAUGUUUCUUUUAUUGUGGUAGGAAUAGGGCAGAGGUUUUUCAGGAAGACCGGUGGACACGGAAGGAAGACAAGACAUGUUGAGAGACGGCACAAGUUAAGUGCUUGGUUUUUUUUUUAAUAUGCUAAUUUUUUUUCCGUCUCUGCAUCUGCUAGUGCAACACUAGCUUCCAUUUUAUCUUGGAGAUGAGGGUUUUUGUUUGUGUUUGUCUUCGAAGAGUCCCCGCUUUUGUAACCAAUGAAUUUCUUAAUCUUAU